AUGUCUUUGCGGGCCUCUCCGUCUUUUAAAUGUGUUUCUUCGCCUAUCAAAAGCACGUCUCUGCCGUCACAGGCCUAUGUUCUCUCGAUAGCAUCUCUGCCUUCGCAUUAUGCGGUGUCCGCCUCUUCCCCAGACAACGCGAUAUGGCUGUUCGACAAGUCGCGCCUAGAUAUUGUAAGAAUGCUCGCCGGGCAUGAUUCAUCAAUCACAGGAUUGCGAUCCGCAUCCACGUUUGCCGGAAGUUCAUCUCCGGUUCUCCUCUCAUGCGGGAAAGAUGGUAGCGUGAAGGUGUGGGAUGCACGGUCUCCAGAGACAGUGACUGCCUUGACGGCCGGCAGCGCUCCCGCCCUUCUGUCUUGCGAUAUUUCCACAGACGGCAGAAUCAUUGCCGCUGGAACAGAAUUAAAAGGAGACGACGCUUUGGUGCUCUACUGGGACCCGCGUAGUCCUGCUGCACCUCUUCGGACUCACUCUUCCACACAUUCGGAUGACAUUACUGCAGUGCAUUUCUCUCAUUCGAGCAGUGGUAGCAGAGUGCUCCUUUCGGCGUCGUCUGAUGGGUUGCUGUGCACGUCUAAUGCUGAAGAGGAGGACGAAGAUGAAGCCUGUCUGCAUGUCGGAAACUGGGGAUGCAGCAUCGCGCAGGCGGGCUGGGUGUAUGGCCGCUCCGGUUCUCCGGGCAUCUGGGCCUCCAGUGACAUGGAGACGUUCAGUGUAUGGUCGGGUGAGCUUGACCGAGUGCAGGAUGUCGAUAUGCGCCAGCCAUCCGUGCAUAGACAAGACUUUACAUGGGUCACAGACUACCUGAUUGGAUGCCAUAACAUUGCGUUCAUCCCAAUGGGCAUGGACAACAACCUGGGUGUCUUCGUCGGUUCCAACGAAGGUGACAUUGCAAUCAUAUCGAGACCCACUUACCUUGACCUGGAGUCGCCUUGGAUUAUGUCCAAUUUGUGGACAAAUGGUCAUGCAGGAGUUGUGCGGUCGGUGCUAUGGGAUGAACAGAAUAACAUACUUCUGACGGGAGGCGAGGAUUCCAAACUCAAUGCAUGGACCGGCCCUGUGUUACCUGCAGCGCCUACAAGCAUUUCUACGAAGCGCCAUAGAGAAGAUGCAAUGGAUGUCGAUGGCGAUUCUGUACAAAAUCGGAAGCGAAGGCAUUCAUAAAUCAAUGUCAAAACCGACUAUGUUGUUAUACAAACAUUAGCGGUGGAAUUUGAUAGAUACUUAUACAAUUCAUUCAGUUCUGAUGCAAAGUUCCCGAGGAAAACGUUCUGGGCAGCAUUCGUGAGCAAUGUUCACAUCCUGAAAACGCCGAAGCCCUUAGCGUCGCCAUCCCAGGUUGUUGGAGACCCGUUUCCUACGGAAGCCUGGCCUCGCUUUCUCGCAGAGAGAGCCAGUGCGAGGCCGACCACAUCACGGGUAUCCGUAGGUUUGAUAAUCCCAUCGUCCCACAAACGAGCCGAUGCGUAUAAAGCAGUCGACUGUUCUUCAAUGUCCGCCUUGAGAGAUGCGUGUUUGGACGGAUCCCUGCAUGACGGCGCGUCAGCGCCGACGAACUCCACUAGAGGAGUAUCCUUGGGCUCACUUAGAGACGGUGGCCAUCACUUGUGAGAGUUGUCCCGGACCCAUCACAGAGACCUUCGCGUU